CCUCGCCCCUCCCCUCGCCCAGCCGCCGCGGAGGCCCCACUCCGGGGUCGGACGCCUGGGUCUGCCGGGAAGAGCCAGGAGAGCUCGUCUAGGUCGGUCCCGUCCCACCUCCCCAGUGUUCUGGCUUACUGUCUGAAAACGGAGGGAGCCCCUGACAUGCUCCAGCACUGAGGAAGGACCCUCCUUUACUCAGCGUGGAGGAACGGAGCCCCAGGAGGACAGGUGUCUGAAGAUGGCUAUUCCCUUCGCGAUGGGACUGGACUUUUAAGAAUGCCAAGAGAUGCUGCCCCCACCCCCUUAAACCUGAGUGAUCAGGAGCUAUGGGGCCAGGGGCCCUCUCAUCUCUACUGCUGCUGCUGCUGCUCUUGGUGGCAAAUGGAGAUACUGACAUGAAGGGCCAUUUUGACCCUGCCAAGUGCCGCUAUGCCCUGGGCAUGCAGGACCGGACCAUCCCAGACAGUGACAUCUCUGCCUCCAGCUCCUGGUCGGACUCUACUGCUGCCCACCACAGCAGGUUGGAGAGCAGUGAUGGGGAUGGGGCCUGGUGCCCUGCAGGGUCCGUGUUUCCCAAGGAGGAGGAGUACCUGCAGGUGGAUCUACAGCGGCUGCACCUGGUGGCUCUGGUGGGCACCCAAGGGCGGCAUGCCGGGGGCCUGGGCAAGGAGUUCUCCCGCAGCUACCGGCUGCGUUACUCCCGGGAUGGCCAGCACUGGAUGGACUGGAAGGACCGCUGGGGUCAGGAGGUGAUCUCAGGUAAUGAGGACCCUGAGGGAGUGGUGCUGAAGGACCUUGGUCCGCCUAUGGUGGCCCGGCUGGUUCGCUUCUACCCCCGGGCUGACCGGGUCAUGAGCGUCUGUCUGCGGGUGGAGCUCUAUGGCUGCCUCUGGAGGGAUGGCCUCCUGUCUUACACAGCCCCUGUGGGGCAGACCAUGUACUUAUCUGAGGCCGUACACCUCAACGACUCCACCUACGAUGGACAUACUGUUGGCGGGCUGCAGUAUGGUGGUCUGGGCCAGCUGGCAGAUGGCGUGGUAGGGCUGGAUGAUUUUAGGAAGAGCCAGGAGCUGCGGGUCUGGCCAGGCUAUGACUAUGUGGGAUGGAGCAACCACAGCUUUCCCGGUGGCUAUGUGGAGAUGGAGUUUGAGUUUGACCGGCUGAGGGCUUUCCAGGCCAUGCAGAUCCACUGUAACAACAUGCACACUCUGGGAGCCCGCCUGCCUGGUGGGGUGGAAUGUCGCUUCAAACGUGGCCCUGCCAUGGCCUGGGAGGGGGAGCCUGUGCGCCAUGCCCUGGGGGGCAGCCUGGGUGACCCCAGAGCCCGGGCUGUCUCAAUGCCCCUGGGCGGCCGCGUGGGGCGCUUUCUGCAGUGCCGCUUCCUCUUUGCGGGGCCUUGGUUACUCUUCAGCGAAAUCUCCUUCAUCUCUGAUGUGAUCAAUGACUCCUCUCCAGCUCUGGGGGGCACCUUCCCGCCAGCCCCCUGGUGGCCACCUGGCCCACCUCCCACCAACUUUAGCAGCUUGGAGUUGGAGCCCAGGGGCCAGCAGCCCGUGGCCAAGGCUGAGGGGAGCCCAACCGCCAUCCUCAUUGGCUGCCUGGUAGCCAUCAUACUGCUGCUGCUGCUCAUCAUUGCCCUCAUGCUCUGGCGCCUGCACUGGCGCAGGCUCCUAAGCAAGGCUGAGCGGCGGGUAUUAGAAGAGGAACUUACGGUUCACCUCUCUGUCCCUGGGGACACCAUCCUCAUCAACAACCGCCCGGGUCCUCGAGAGCCACCCCCUUACCAGGAGCCCCGGCCUCGUGGGAAUCCGCCCCACUCUGCUCCCUGUGUCCCCAAUGGCUCUGCGUUGCUGCUCUCCAAUCCAGCCUACCGCCUCCUUCUGGCCACUUACGCCCGUCCCCCUCGAGGCCCGGGCCCCCUCACACCCGCCUGGGCCAAACCCACCAACACCCAGGCCUGCAGUGGGGACUACAUGGAGCCUGAGAAGCCAGGUGCCCCACUGUUACCCCCACCUCCCCAGAACAGCGUCCCCCAUUAUGCCGAGGCUGACAUUGUCACCCUGCAGGGUGUCACCGGGGGCAACACCUAUGCUGUGCCUGCGCUGCCCCCAGGGGUGGCUGGGGAUGGACCCCCCAGAGUGGAUUUCCCUCGGUCACAGCUCCGCUUCAAGGAGAAGCUUGGCGAGGGCCAGUUUGGGGAGGUGCACCUGUGUGAGGUGGAGAGCCCUCAAGAUCUAGUCAGUCUUGAUUUUCCCCUUAAUGUUCGCAAGGGACACCCCUUGCUGGUAGCUGUCAAGAUCCUACGGCCAGAUGCCACCAAGAAUGCCAGGAAUGAUUUCCUGAAGGAAGUGAAAAUCAUGUCGAGGCUCAAGGACCCAAACAUCAUUCGGCUCCUGGGCGUGUGUGUGCAGGACGACCCCCUCUGCAUGAUUACUGAUUACAUGGAGAACGGCGACCUCAACCAGUUCCUCAGCGCCCACCAGCUGGAGGACAAGGCGGCUGAAGGGGCCCCUAGAGAUGGGGAGGCUGUCCAGGGACCCACCAUCAGCUACCAGAUGUUGUUACAUGUGGCAGCCCAGAUCGCUUCGGGCAUGCGCUAUCUGGCCACACUUAACUUUGUGCAUCGGGACCUGGCCACACGGAACUGCCUGGUUGGGGAAAAUUUCACCAUCAAAAUCGCCGACUUUGGCAUGAGCCGGAACCUCUACGCUGGGGACUAUUACCGCGUGCAGGGCCGGGCGGUGCUGCCCAUCCGGUGGAUGGCGUGGGAGUGCAUCCUCAUGGGGAAGUUCACAACAGCAAGUGAUGUGUGGGCCUUCGGGGUUACCCUGUGGGAAGUGCUGAUGCUCUGCAGGGCCCAGCCCUUUGGGCAGCUCACUGAUGAGCAGGUCAUCGAGAACGCAGGGGAGUUCUUCAGGGACCAGGGCCGGCAGGUGUACCUGUCCCGGCCGCCUGCCUGCCCGCAGGGCCUGUAUGAGCUGAUGCUUCGGUGCUGGAGCCGGGAGCCUGAGCAGCGACCUCCCUUUUCCCAGCUGCAUCGGUUCCUGGCAGAGGAUGCGCUCAACACAGUGUGAAUCACAACAUCCAGAUGCCCCCUCCCUCAGGGAGCGAUGCAGGAGAAGCCAGAGACACUAAAACAAGAGGAGCCAACAAUACCCCCACCCCCAACCCCUCCCAACUACCCAACACCUCUGAGAGAGGCAGUGGGAGCGCAGGUGGGCUGGGCCCACCAAGGAGCUGAUGCCCCUUUCCGUGAACAAGCUUUAUGUACCUUCCUGUUCCUCCUUCCAUUUCCUCCCUAGAAGCCCCCACCACCCACCCAGCUGGUCCUGUGGAUGGGAUCCUCUCUGACCUCCUCUAGCCACCCCUUGGGAAAGGUGGGAGCAAAUACAGGGCAGACACUGGACAUGGCCCGUUGGAGCACCUGGGCCCCACUGGACAACACUGGUUCCUGGAGAGGUGGCUGUGCCCCCAGCCUCUCUCUCUUCCUGUCGUACACUGGACCCCACUGGCUGAGAAUCUGUGGAGGUGAGGAGGGCAAGAAAGGGAGAAAGAUGUUCCCUUUUGCCUAUUUCUGGAAUUGUCCUCAGCUUUGGCUUCUUCCUCCUCCACCACCUGAAACACUGGACCUGGGAGGUGGCCUCUGCCCCAACCCUCAGCCAUCACCACUUCCCACCUACCAUGUUGUAGCUAGAACUUCUCUAAGCCUGUAUGUUUCUGUGGAAUAAAUAUUGGGAUUAGGGGGAAAGAGGGAGCAACGGCCCAUGGCCCUGGGAUUGGACAUCUCUGUCGUAGCUGCCACAUUGGUUUUUCUAUAAUCACUUGGGGUUUGUACAUUUUUGGGGGGAGAGACACAGAUUUUUACACUAAUAUAUGGACCUAGCUUGAGGCAAUUUUAAUCCCCUGCACUAGGCAGGUAAUAAUAAAGGUUGAGUUUUCCACA